AUGUCUCCUGGUAGUAACAUGAGCAGUACAAUGAUGUGUCCUGGUAGUAACAUGAGCAGUACAAUGAUGUCUCCUGGUAGUAACAUGAGCAGUACAAUGAUGUCUCCUGGUAGUAACAUGAGCAGUACAAUGAUGUCUCCUGGUAGUAACAUGAACAGUACAAUGAUGUGUACUGGUAGUAACAUGAGCAGUACAAUGAUGUGUACUGGUAGUAACAUGAGCAGUACAAUGAUGUGUAUUGGUACUAACAUGAGCAGUACAAUGAUGUGUAUUGGUAGUAAUUUGAGCAGUACAAUGAUGUGUAUUGGUAGUAACAUGAGCAAUACAAUGAUGUCUCCUGGUAGUAACAUGAGCAGUAUAAUGAUGUGUACUGUACUAACAUGA